AUGUCUUUACUUUUCUACAGAAACAACUCUUCCAAAUAUGACAAAAUCCCCCGCAAAGUUCUUACCCCAGGAUCUCCUGCUGUCUACCAGCUGAAACCAAAGAAAGAGAAGAUUGGAACUCUGACAAGAAUGACUCUUGGUGAAAAAAAUCCAAACAAGAAAAACAAAACCAUCUUACUUGUUGGUGAAACAGGAGCAGGAAAAUCUACUCUGAUCAACGCUCUGGUCAACUACGCCAUGGGAGUGGAGUGGGAGGAUGAUGUCUGGUUUCAGAUCGUAGAGGAGAAGAAGAGAAGUCAAUCAGAAAGUCAGACAUCAGAUGUGAUCGUGUACCAGAUCUUUGGUUUUGAAGAUAAAACUCUGCCCUACUCUCUGACCAUCAUCGAUACUCCUGGAUAUGGAAGCACUGGUGGGAUCGAACAUGACAUGAACAUCAUGGAAAGAUUAUUUGACUUGUUCCAGUCAGAGGAUGGAGUUCAUGAGAUUAAUGCAGUGGGUCUGGUGAUGAAAGGGAGUGACAAUCGACUGAAUGACCGACUGAGGUACAUCUUUGAUUCAGUGAUCUCUCUGUUUGGAAAAGACAUAGAGAAGAACAUUGUCGCCCUCAUCACACACUCAGAUGGUGUGGCAGCUGAAAAUGUUCUGGAAGCUCUUGAUGCUACAAACAUUAAAUGUGCCAAAGAUGAAGAUGCAGAGCCUGUUCAUUUUAUGUUCAACAACCGCCAGAAAACACUGAAAACUAAGAAAAAUAACGCUGCUCUAAAUAGUGCAUGGGUCUUAACAAUAGACCAAAUACGUCUAUUCACUAAUUUCCUGAAUACAAAUUCCCCUCAGAACCUGAUAACAACUGUUGAAGUGCUACAUUCACAAAUCAGACUGACAGCCUGCAUCAACAACCUGCAGGAGAGAAUCAAAUUGAUUGAUCUAAAACAGACAGAAAUCCAACAGACUCAGGAUGGUCUGAAAAACAAUGAGAAGUUCACUGUAGAAGUUGAUGAGCCCUACAGAGUUAAACAAAAAGUCGACCGAGAGUGGAGGUGGUGGGCACUUGGGUUAAAUUAUGGAGGAGCUGUCUGCUGUACUGUCUGUAAGGAGAACUGUCACUACCCAUGCACACUGGCCUGGUAUCCAGAACACUGUGUGAUCAUGAAUGAUGGCUGCUGCACUGUAUGUACCGGGAAGUGUCCUGCAUCAGUUCAUGUGAAGGAAGAACAAUGCAUUGACUGUGAGGGUAUAUGUUCAGAUGAAUCAAGUCAUGUCAAACACCCCUGGAUCUAUGUGACCAAGACAAGGAAAGUUCAGAAGACCACGCAAGAUGUGAAGGAAAAAGCAGGAAGCACUUUGAAAACUCUUAAAAAAAUCAUGGAAGAACUUCAGCAAGACAAAGAUCAGUGGUUGGAAGAGUCCUUUCAGCAUGUUGUCAAUCUGGAGGAGAUGGCCCUGAAUGUUAAUUCACUGUCCAUUCAUGACCACUUGGCUUUCCUGAUUGAGAAGAUGAAGGAGAAAGGAGACACAGGGAAGGUACAGAGACUGAAAGAGAUAUUAAGUAAAAUAGCUAAAAGUAAAGGAUUCAAAGCACUGGUGCGAUACGGGUUUAAUAAACUUGCAGCAGCAGUUGAAACUGUGAUGAACUAGAUGAUCACUGAGAUCAGACAGCUGUGUAGAAAACGAGGUGUACACUGAUUAUCAAAUGUGUUUCAUUAAGGUUUCAUUAAUGUGUUAUUAAUGAAAACAGAGCCCUCUGUAAUGACUGUUCAG